AAAUGAUAACCUGAACAUUUGAUCAUUACUUGGACGUAAAAGUGAAUUAAAAAUCAGAAAAUGAUUGUUCUAAGAAGCUUCUUAGUGUUCUUGGCUGUAUUUUAUGUAACUGAAGGUCUCAACAUUCAAUGCAGUUACUCAAUAAGAGAAGUUUGGAUGUUUCCUUAUUUAUACACGUGCGAAGGACAAACAAUUAUGAACGGAUCUUAUAACGAUUUUGCUCCAUACUUUAUCGAAGAAGUGUCACAAAAUCAUAUUGGAGACAAAAGUGACAAAAGUGUGAAGGCAUUGUUAAUUGAAAACAGUAAAAUUAAGUUCUUGCCUAAGAACAUUGGUCAAUUCUUCUACAAUCUCGAGUCAUUGAGUGUCAUUGACUGCGAUAUUUUGGAACUAAAUCGUGAAGAUUUUGUAGGCCUCCCGAAUCUUCUUCAAAUUGAUUUCAGGGGUAACAAGAUUGACCGACUACCUUGGAGAGUUUUUGAGGAAGUUCCGAAGCUUCAAGUUAUUGGACUUGCCUGGAAUCCUAUGAAAUAUAUCGCCCAUCAUGUCUUCGAUCAUCUGAUUGAUUUGGAAACGCUUGACAUGUUUGGAACUGACAGAUGCUACAACAAGAAAUUCAAGCAAAACAAGUCUGCGAUAGCUUCUGAACUUUAUGAAAUCUUCCGACAAUGUCCACCAACUAUUGAGAUGAUGAUAGUGGAGUUGGGAUAUGAUGAUCUAGUUAAGAAAGUGAAUCAGUGUGUAAAAAAACUCGAUGAAAUUUCAACUCAAUGA